CGUAGAGAUCAACUUCGCGAUCAUCAAGCAGAAUUGUUGGAGAAAUUGCUAGAGAAUGGUGAACUUCAAAGUGGGAAAGGAUUAAAUCAAGAGCGAAGGCUUCAAAGGCUAGGUGACACUCGUUGGGGAUCACAUUGUAGAACGUUGGAUAACUUUGUUGUUUUAUUUUCAUCUAUUGUUCAUGUGCUUGAGGUGGUUGAAUGUGAAGGUUCUGAGGCUGAUGAUAGAUUACAAGCAGAAGCGUUUUUGAGUAAAGCUUUGCAAAAGAAAGAGCAAGAUAUUGUCAAUGCCAUGGUAUUUCUUUACCUCACAAAGGAAAGGUUGCAAGAGCUUAACAAUCGUUUUGAUGUUGUGAGUGGUAACUUGCUUCUUGGUAUGGCUAGCUUGAAUCCGGUUAAUUCAUUUGCUAAUUUUGAUAAGGAAAAAAUAAUAACAUUGGCCAAGUAUUAUCCAGAUGAGUUUGGUGAAUUGAAGCUUCGAGAUCUUAGUCACCAACUUGAUACUUUCAUAUUGCACAUGCGACAUGGUGACCUUAGGUUUUCUGAUUCGAAAGGAAUUGGUGAUUUGGAAAAAGCCUUGGUUGAAGCAAAUCUUGCAGAGAGUUAUUCACUUGUUUAUUUACUUAUAAAGUUAACUCUAAUUUUACCCGUCAUGACUGCAACGAUGGAAAGAGCAUUUUCAUCCAUGAAGUACAUCAAAGAUGAAUUACGUAGUAGUAUUAGUGAUACGUUUUUAAAUGGUUGUUUAGUUUGUUACUUUGAGAAGGAAGUAUUUACAAAU